UGUAUAAUGAAUUUGUACGCCUGGGUUUCUUGAUCGUAAAAAGUGCCAACAUGUGUCUCUCUUUUUUGGCUAAAAUGGGCUUCCCGUGUUUUAGUUAGUGGCCAAUCAACCUGAGGGUAGUUAGCACCACUUAAUAUUAUUUCAGCACUUUGUUUUCACCCUGAACUGUUGUACGAGCUGAAGCCUAUGCAUGGUUUAAGCCUAACCAUCCAGGCACCAGCCAGACCUCUGACAAAGUAAGGCAGCUGCCGACAUGAAAUUUUAAACCCAAUGGGCUGAAGCGCGAAAGCCUCUUUAUCUGGCUUACGGCUUGCUCUUGGUGGCCUUCAUUACCAGCCUAGCUACCCGACUGGCUGGCCAGCUCCAUGGCUGGUUGGGCCGAAGAACCUGCCUUUGAAAGUGUGAGUGAGGGCGUGUAUGUUCGUUGAAAGCGCACUGUGUGUGGGUGUGGGUCAAUGAGAUCCCAUUUCCACCAUAAAUACAUUCUGAAUACAUCCUGUAAAUCAUCACGAAAUUGCUCGAGACCACCUUUUCGCCAUCCUCACCACCAUCAGCAUUGUCUGCCGGACCUGUUGACUUUUGGCUAUGAUCUCCUGGAUGAAGCAUUGUGGCCUCUUUCUCGUCUAAAAGAUCGUCCCGAAGUUCAGGGGAAACUGACUGAACAGAAGGAGCGAGAGAGACCCAGCGAGUUGUGAGCCCGUGAAGCCGUAAGCAAGCCCGUGGCUGAUUGGUGGUUAGCGCUGGGUUGACACGGAAUUCGACCUGGGAUCGUGUGAUGCUGGAAUCUUCGGGGACAGUCGUCCUCCUCCGCAGCAGGACCAGAUCCCAAAAGAUGCAUGUAGACCCACCAAUGGCCUCGAUUGCUCGGGGAACGUCCCCCUCAAUAACCGUCCAAGGGGGUGGAGGCGGCCAUGAUCGACUUCGAGGGGGAAGUGGGGGUCCUUCAUAUUCAUCUCAUGGCUUGGGUGCGGCACCCCACGCGUCCAUGACCCCAAAAGAGUUGUCUGAUUUCGAUGACGUGGCCACUGCCGCCUUGGUUGACCCAUAUUUAGGUUUUACCACUCACAAAAUGAACCUGCGUUUUCGGUCACCGAAGUCUAACCAUUCGAAGGUGCUGAAAGAGGCUGUGCAACAAUUCUUAGUGCAUCAGAACUAUGAGCGUGCAUACGAGGACCUGCAAAAAGUGGAAUGGUUCCACCAAACCACUCGUCGACGAGCCAAGUUGUGGCAAACUGCCCUCAAAGAACACGUGUUCCGAUACUUCCGCAUGUUUGACAAACAAUCUGGAUUUCUCAUCUACCCGUGUCAUCGUUACUCUAUGGAGGGUCAGAUGGGCGCCAAAUUGUGUUCCACCAAGCAUUGGUUCAAAGGUGAACGUAUUUCGUUUCUCAUUGGUUGCAUUGCCGAAUUGACGGAGGAGGAAGAGAAUGUCCUGCUUGUGCCAGGCAAAAACGAUUUCUCAGUUAUGUAUUCCUGUCGAAAGAAUUGUGCCCAACUUUGGUUGGGAUCAGCUGCAUACAUAAAUCAUGAUUGCCGACCCAAUUGCAAGUUUGUCGCCACUGGACGAGAUCGCGCAUGUGUUCAAGUGUUGAGAGACAUUGAUCCUGGAGAGGAGAUCAAUUGCAACUAUGGCGAUGACUUUUUCGGCGACGGGAACUGCUAUUGCGAAUGCGAAACUUGUGAAAGGAGGAAAACGGGCGCUUUUGCCAAAUUGAAGUCAGAUGUCGCGCCAAAUUCACCGGAAAAGGGCUAUAGACUUCGAGAAACCGACCUAAGGUUAAAUCGUACCAAACAAAAAGCCAAAGACGCCCUGUUGACCACACCCAUCACGUCCUCAACAUCAUUGUCGUCUUCAUCAUCGUCAAUAACACCUCUGUCGACCACAAUCACGAUGUCAACCACAACUACUUUGAGCUCGAAAGGGCGAUUGCGAAAUGCAUCCAGUCCUGUAGGGCACACCAUAGACAGUGUGCCACUGCCCAAAAAAUGUAAUUUGACAUAUCGCGAUCUCAGGUUACAAGGUUUCUCCGGCACCAGAUAUGAUGCCGAAAUGCUCAUUGCCCAAGGGUUACAAGGAUUUCCAGGAUUUGUUGAGCCCAGUGAACCCGUGGGAUUUGGAUCUUCAACCAAAUCCAAAGCUCCCUUAGUCACCAAGUCAGAUCCAGUGAGUAGUCGCAGAAGUAGACGAGAUCAAUCGGUGGGCUCGCAAUCUUGUCAAUCGCCCAAAGAAGAGAGGACUGGAAUGGGUAAUGUUAUGGACGACUUGAAUGUCACUGCCCGAUCUCUGAGAAGCACUCCCGGACGUCUACGUGCACGAUGUGAAAGAGGACGAGCGGCCUCGGACAGCUCUUCCGGAAUCUCCGAUGAUGCGAGCUCAAAUAGUUCAGGCAGUGAUCGAGAUAGCGGGAUCGAAACUGGUGCCGAAUUUGAAACACUAGCGUCCUCUUGUAAAAGUGGCAAGUCAGCUCGUAGUAAGGCCAAUGGUUCUGAUACCUGUUUAUUCAAUAAGCGGGCAAGAAAUCUAUGCGGCUAUGUUAAAGAAGCUUUAGAAAGUGUUGAGCGAAUGAACUUGGGUGGAAAUGGGGGUCUUAGUUUCACGCCCAGUUCUCCCAUCUCCUCACCAUCACCCUCCACUACCUCCUCCGCUUUAACAACUGAUACACAUUCUUCUACGUAUAGUGGAAUGGUCUCACCCACUCGGCAACGCGUCAAGCUGACUUUGAGGAUGAAACGUUCCCCUGUACUGGAUGAGGUCCUUGACAGCGGAUCUACGAAGGACAUCGAUAAUUUAACAUCGUCAACCUCAAACUCGUCGCAAGCUCAAGGCUCUAUCAUGGCCAGCUCGAGAAACUCAAUAGUGUUUUCCAUGCAGCGAAGCCAAAAAGAACCUGAAUAUGAAGUACUGAAAAUGGAGGGCAUUGACGAAAACGGCCCUCCGGCCCGAAAAAACGUGAAACGACGAUUAAACCACAGUGAGGAUGAAUCAUUGUUGGGGGACGGGUUGAGCUCACCCAAUAAGCGCACGCGCCGAGUUAAGCUCUUAUUUGGAAAAGAAACCCUCUCCACCUUCGACUUGGUCCCUGAUUCAAGUCCAGAUCAUGCGAGUUAGCUUUAACUCUAGAUCAUAACUAUCAAUUGUCACUCCCGAGAGACUGCGACCUCCAAUGUGUGGGACAUCUUCAGCCACUUGCCUAGUUCAGUAUUGAUUUGAUUCUUAAAUGGCACUCGUAAUCCUCACUUCAUUCAAGUAGUAUUCAUUGAUUUUGCUAUUUAUUCUUUGUGUUGGGCUUCCAUGGUAGUGUAUGGAAGUCCUUACCCUACAAUUAAAACCUCUUUUGAGAAUUCACGCUCUAUGUGACCUAAUCACCAAACAUUCUGGCAAGUAUCAUAAUUUGCUAUAGAAUCCAUUCAAUUUUUCCAAGAUCUCUUCAUUUACUGAUUUACCGGACUAGGCUUUUCGUAAUGCACAUUCUGUCAGUUAGUUAAUUGAAAUAUGCUGCCCCUGUCAUUUCCUGUCAUAUGCAAGUACUCUUCGCAAAUCAAGCCAAUCAUCCAUCAAAGCUGAUUUUGUCCACAAGUCGUUCUUGUUUAAAUUGCGAUGUAAUUCUUCCCUGUCGUCAUGUCACGGUCAUAAUGAUUCUCGAAUUCACUUGCUGAAAAUGAAUCGGUUAUUCCUUGACCAUCCCGCCCAUUAAUAUUGUGUUCAUUAGAUAAGCUUUGAUGCCGCAUUAACGUGAAAUCCAAGCACACAUGCCAAAUGCUACACAUGGAUGGCAUGUUCCCUAUAGGAAUCGAUACCUGGCAUCAACUCCAUAAUUUGACAACUCUUCACAAAGAAUGCUAAUUUUAUGUGCUACGUAUUUUUCUCUGCGGAGAUGAAUAAAAAUUGAAGCAACUA